GUACUUAGUAGAAAUACUAGUAUUAUCUCCCGUGCGUACGCACGGACAUUAUACUUUUUUUAUUAUUAUAUAACAUAUAUUUCAAAAUUACAAUGAAUAAUAAUGUUAUUUUGAGAGUUAUUGGUAGACUUAUAAAAAAACUUUUGAAACCAAUUCUCUCAAAUAGAUUUUUGUAAGUUUUUGUCACAAAAAUAACACUCAAGAAAAAAAAUGACAAAAAUAGACCUUUUUAUUUUAAAAUUUUUAAUUUUUUUUUUAAAAUUUGAAACCAUAUCCCCAAAUCCUAAAUCUAAAUUAGUUAACCUUUAGGGUAAAAAUACAUUUUUACCCUUUAAUAAAACUUAUUUUUGUCAUUUUAUUUUUUGAAGGCUAUUUUUAUGACAAAAACUUAAAAAUGGCUAUCCUAGAAAAUUUCUAUAUUUAUAAUUUAUAUCAGCCCAAUAUGGAUCCUAAAUGCAUGUAGAAUAUUGAUCGCUUAAUCCAAAAUCCAAAUCACUAAAUAUGAAAAUGAGGGAAACACAUAUACCUAGCACACAUACAAUUAAGAUAUUAACUCUAAAUUUUGUAGAUAAUUGACGUCUCUUUGCUCUUUUCUUAUAUAUAUUUUUGUUUUCUAUCUUGCUUUAUUAUUUUCGUUUUCAUUUUCAAUGCUUUUUAUCCUAAAGUUUUUGUUUCUUAGAAAAUCUACAAAAACGUAUGUUGAUCCAAAAAAUAAUACCACCACACAAAAAUAAGAAGACCAACCUGAAGUUAGAUCUUGAUACAGAGGUAGACAUGAAUCCUCAUUUUUUCUACCACUCGAUUUUCUUAAUCCUCAUUUUCUAUCUUCUUGUUAUCACAACAUUUUGUUUUCUCUUGAGGUGCUUCUUAAGUUGAUCUUGUUACUUCUCUUCCUUGAAUUACCACGACCACAACCAAGAAUCAUGUGCCAGCAUAUUGAAAACCAAUUUAGUCUUUUAAUUAAAAACAUAACUGACCUAAUUUAUUGGGUUUACCUUUUACUGCAGAGAAGUAUGUAGAUUUUGCCAAUAUCUAGAAAGCAAAAGAAAAAAUUAUAAUUAUAAAUAGGCUAGUUAGAUCUUGAUACAGAGGUAGACAUGAAUCCUCAUUUUUUCUACCACUCGAUUUUCUUAAUCCUCAUUUUCUAUCUUCUUGUUAUCACAACAUUUUGUUUUCUCUUGAGGUGCUUCUUAAGUUGAUCUUGUUACUUCUCUUCCUUGAAUUACCACGACCACAACCAAGAAUCAUGUGCCAGCAUAUUGAAAACCAAUUUAGUCUUUUAAUUAAAAACAUAACUGACCUAAUUUAUUGGGUUUACCUUUUACUGCAGAGAAGUAUGUAGAUUUUGCCAAUAUCUAGAAAGCAAAAGAAAAAAUUAUAAUUAUAAAUAGGCUAGAGGAGAAAAAGAUUCAUAAACAACGAAACAUGAAACAAACUACGAUUUGACUCUAGUGGGGGAGUUAUUAGCCUCACUAACCAGGAAAUUAUCAAUUUUGCGGGAAGCUUUGCUAUAGAAAUUUUUUGUUUUUUUUAUUUGUAUCCAGCAGAGCCGAGAGUGUUAAUACAAUCGUCAGAAAUUAAAAAAAAUUGAAAUUUCAACACUUUCACGAAAGAUAGAGAAUCAGUGGAGCCACUCCAAAUAAUUAGGAAAAUGCAGGAAGAGAUGAAUUUGAAUUUUACAGAAUCGUCUUCUAUUAAAAAAAAAUCAACUGUUUCAAAGAUCGUGAAGAGAUCAUGGUGUUAGAAAUAUUAAGGAUUUUUAAUUUAAAUCAAAAGUAAAUAGAAUCAGUUAAAAACGGAGCUGUUUUUUUUUACAUUUAAAUUUUAUUUUCUGCAUUUGUUUUUUUUAAUUGUAUUGCCAUGUGUUUAAAUUUGAUUGGUCAUGUGACUUGUGCUUUAGUAUAUAAGGGAUUUUAGUGGCGAAUUUCUUCUCAAAAUAACAAAAUAAUCUUACACUAAUUAAAUCGAAUGUAAAAAAAUAUCAAAAUGUUAAUUUUAGGAAAAGUCAAAUCUCCCUCCCUUUUGUUCUCCUCUGUGCCAUUUCAAUCCCUAAUCAACCGACCAAAAACCGCCGUCACUUCUAAUCAUCAGCGAACCAGAAACCCUAAAUCACCACCUACCACCGUCGCCCUUGGCGGCGACGAGGAGAAGAAGAAGAAGAUGUCGAUAGAGAUGCCAAGAGGUCUACCCUUCUCCGUCGACACUUUCGGACCCAACACGACCACGAAGAGGAUGAAGCGACAUCAUUUCCUGACUCACGCUCACAAAGACCACACCGUCGGGAUUUCACCCUCUAACGCCGUCUUCCCAAUCUACUCCACUUCCCUCACCAUCUCUCUCCUCCUCCAACGCCACCCUCAGCUCGACGAGUCUUUCUUCGUGAGGAUUGAGAUAGGGCAAACAGUGAUCGUUGAUGAUCCUGACGGAGGUUUCAAGGUCACCGCUUUCGAUGCCAAUCAUUGUCCUGGAGCGGUCAUGUUCUUGUUCGAAGGGAGUUUCGGUAACAUACUCCACACUGGUGAUUGUAGGCUGACACGUGACUGUAUACAUAACCUCCCUGAGAAGUAUGUAGGAAGAGAAGGCAAGGCACCAAAGUGCUGUCUUGAUUACAUCUUCUUGGAUUGCACAUUUGGGAAGUCCUCUCAGAGGUUUCCGACCAAGCACUCAGCAAUCAGACAGAUCAUCAAUUGUAUAUGGAACCACCCUGAUGCACCGGUUGUGUAUCUUGCUUGUGACAUGUUGGGCCAAGAGGAGAUUCUAUUUGAGGUUUCGAGAACUUUUGGAUCCAAGAUUUACGUCGACAAGGCUACAAACUUGGAGUGUUUUAGAUCGUUAAUGGUUAUAGCUCCUGAGGUUGUCUCUGAAGAUCCUUCUUCCAGGUUUCACAUACUCAGUGGGUUCCCUAGACUCUACGAAAGAGCGAGCGUUAAACUCGCUGAGGCGAGAUCGAAACGUGAGAGCGAACCUCUUAUCAUCCGCCCUUCAGCUCAGUGGUAUGUUUGUGACGAUGAUGAAGAUGAUUAUUCCCAGAGUGUGAGCCAAGUUCAAAAGAAGAGGAAGGUUAGGUUUAAUGAAGCUGUGAAGGAUGAGUUUGGUGUUUGGCAUGUGUGUUACUCAAUGCAUUCAUCGCGAGAAGAGUUGGAAUCAGCUAUGAGAGUUUUGUCUCCGAGAUGGGUUGUGUCAACGGUUCCUUCUUGUAGAGCAAUGGAGCUGGACUAUGUUAAGAAGAACUGUUUCAUCAGUCGGUUUUCUUCUGAUGAUCCUUUCUGGAAGCUUCUAGACAUCGACAUGGAAGUUUCUUCAGGUGCUGUAACUGAUACUCAGACAGUAACUCUUAGUUGCCGUCUCGUGAGUGAUGUGGAUUGUACAAAUACCAAGAUGGAACCAGUGAUUGAAGCCUCUACCGUAAAGAAGCAGCUUCUGAGUUUGUCCCCUGAGAAAAAUAUCCUUCCUGUAACUCUGUUUGGGAGAGCAAGGCUAAGCUCUCAGGUAUCUGAUCAACUACAUGAGAGAAAAGUUAUACACAGUGCAUGUUUAGAGAAGCUAAAUCUUGAGGAAGCAGCUGAAUAUGAUACCAAACAAGAAACAGUGGAGGAGGUAUCUUAUAGAAGCUUUUCUUCUGCGUCUUCAAAGGAGAGUCGCAGAGAUCUAAGUGGUGAAUUGAGAAAGCUGUACAGAUCAAUGAAUGCACCUGUGCCUCGGCCGUUACCAUCAUUGACGGAGCUUAUGAACGCUAGAAAACGCUCUCGGAAAAGCUUCAUGUUAUAAUGGGUUCGAAAUUAAUGGGCCCAAAUGGGCCGUGUUAUGAACUUAAUGUGGUGAUUCAUAUAUGUAACCAAAAGAAAAAAGUGGAAGACACGUGUCUUCAACUGUUCAUACGAAUCAGUUACUUCUCUUUUAUUUUUUUUUGAUCAACAAUCAGUUACUUCUCUGCUUUUACUAAUUAACCUUUCGUUUACUGUGAGUAACAUAUAAAAAUUAACUAAUGUAAUAAAUAACAGUCGUUCAAAAAAAAAAAAUGUAUUAAAUAACUAGCUGGGUCCCACAUGGUUUGUUCACCAUCUUCAACACUUUUCUCCUUCGCCGAAAAAGCCCAAACAAACCCUUUCCUCUCCGAAUCCUUUCUCUCCACUCCUCGACUCUCUGGUUCUAGAAGAGGUGCUAAGUUCGAAACGACGGCGAAGUGUAAGCAAGCCCUAAGAUAACCGUCGAUUUCCAUCGUUGUUUGACUACCUUCUUCUUCUUCUUCUUCGCUCGUCGCACAUUGUGGACGGACGCAAAUGGAAAGUUAACAGUCGAUUUGCAUGAAAGUUAUUGUCAGGUAAA